AUAACGUCACAGUGUUGGGAGUCACGUGACCGGCAAAGGCGGCUGUGUGGAGGACCUUUAGUCAAUGGAAUAAAAUGUAUCAACCGAAACAAAACGUGAAUGUCUGUCUUCUCUACAGCUGCUGAACCUCAGGUACCACAUAACUCCAUUAAACCAGAUGUAUCUGAGCUACAGCCGCUACUGUUAAUGGCUAAACAAUGAAGGCUCAGUUACAAAUAACAGUUUUGUCAGCUAAGCUGAAAGAGAACAAGAAGAACUGGUUUGGGCCUAGUCCAUAUGUGGAGGUGGCUGUAGAUGGCCAGUCGAAGAAAACAGAGAAGUGCACCAACACUUUCAGUCCAAAAUGGAAGCAGCCGCUCACAGUAAUUGUUACUCCAUUCAGCAAGUUAAUAUUCCGUGUCUGGAGUCAUCAGACCCUCAAAGCAGACCUUUUGUUGGGAAUGGCCACUUUAGAAGUCAGUGAGACCCUCAAAUCCAAUGACAUGAAGAUCCACGAGGUGAUCCGGACUCUACCUCUGAGCGCAGAUGCAGAGGGCAGUGACUUAGUGGGAGAUCUGUCUGUGUGUCUGGAUGGAAUGCGGGUGGAUCCUGAAACAUUUGCUUCUGAGGAACAGAGGCACAAUGGUCUACCAAAUAGGGAGUUCAAGCUAGAAGCCACUGGAAGAUCGAGUCGAGAUUCCUCACCCUCGAGUGACAUUGCUGAUGAUUCUUCUCUGCCCAAUGGCCAUGCUGUGGGCAACACAGCUUCUCCCUCAACUUCCACAGGAGCUCUGCGACCUCCAAGGCCUCCAAGACCUCAGAGACCACCUCCUCCCUCUCCACAGAGACCAAACUCCUCCACAGCGUCCUCUACUGGCUCUACACCAACCCACGGCAGUGGUGGUCCAAGUCCAGACUCAUCCCCACGCUUAUUUGUGAAUGGAGAAACGGCAAGCCAGGGUUCGACCUCAGGGUCAGCCCUGAGAGUGAGCCCCACUCCACGUAGAGUUUCUCCCAUCAACAAUGGCCCACUUCCUCAUGGCUGGGAGCAGAGGGUGGAUCAGAAUGGUCGUAUCUACUAUGUGGAUCACAUUGAGAAAAAGACCACAUGGGAGCGGCCUGAACCUUUGCCUCCUGGCUGGGAGCGCCGUGUGGACCCAAUGGGCCGGGUGUAUUAUGUGGAUCACAUUAGUCGGAGCACCACAUGGCAGCAACCCACUGCAGAGUCUGUGAGGAAUUAUGAGGAAUGGCAGAACCAACGUAGCCAAUUACAGGGAGCCAUGCAGCAGUUCAACCAGAGAUUUAUUUUUGGGUUACAGGAUCAACUAGCGCCAGCUCCUAAUAAAGAGUUUGAUCCACUUGGUCCUUUACCACAGGGAUGGGAGAAGCGAACUGAUUCAAAUGGGAGAAUGUACUUUGUUCAUCAUACUACACGUUCCACACAGUGGGAGGAUCCUCGAACUCAGGGGCUUUUAAAUGAAAAGCCCCUGCCAGAAGGUUGGGAGAUGAGGUUCACAGUGGACGGGAUUCCAUAUUUUGUUGACCACAACAGGAGAACGACCACCUACAUCGACCCUCGCACAGGGAAAUCCUCACUUGAGAAUGGCCCUCAGAUUACCUAUGUGCGUGACUUUAAAGCUAAAGUGCACUAUUUCCGCUUCUGGUGUCAGCAACUGGCAAUGCCUCAGCACAUCAAAAUCAACGUCAGUCGCAAGACACUUUUUGAGGAUUCCUUUCAGCAGAUCAUGAGCUUCCACCCACAAGAUCUGAGGCGGAGACUAUGGAUCAUCUUUCCAGGAGAGGAGGGACUGGACUAUGGAGGCGUAGCUAGGGAAUGGUUUUUCCUGCUGUCUCAUGAAGUUCUGAACCCCAUGUACUGUCUUUUUGAAUAUGCGGGUAAAGACAACUACUGCCUGCAGAUCAACCCUGCGUCCUCCAUUAACCCUGACCACCUCAAAUAUUUCAAGUUCAUUGGAAGAUUUAUUGCUAUGGCUUUGUUUCAUGGAAAAUUCAUAGACACCGGCUUUUCUCUGCCCUUCUAUAAGCGGAUCUUGAACAAGCCUCUGGCCCUGAAAGACCUGGAAUCCAUUGACCCUGAGUUCUACAACUCACUAAUCUGGAUCAAGGAGAAUAACUUGGAGGAGUGUGGGCUGGAGAUGUAUUUCUCAGUGGAUAAGGAGAUCUUGGGUGAGGUCACUACUCAUGAACUGAAGCCUGAUGGAGGAAACAUUCUUGUUACCGAGGAAAAUAAGGAAGAGUACAUCAGACUGGUGGCAGAGUGGAGGUUAUCCAGGGGGGUAGAGGAACAGACUCAAGCUUUCUUCGAAGGUUUCAACGAAGUCUUGCCUCAGCAGUAUCUACAGUAUUUUGACGCCAAAGAGCUGGAGGUGAUGCUGUGUGGAAUGCAAGAGAUUGAUCUUUCAGACUGGCAGAGGAACACAAUCUACAGACAUUAUGCCCGCAACAGCAAGCAGAUCAUGUGGUUCUGGCAGCUUGUGAAAGAAAUGGACAACGAGAAGAGGAUGCGAUUGUUGCAGUUCGUGACUGGGACUUGCAGGCUUCCUGUUGGAGGGUUUGCUGACCUCAUGGGGAGCAAUGGGCCACAGAAGUUCUGCAUCGAGAAAGUGGGAAAAGAGAACUGGCUUCCCAGGAGCCACACAUGUUUCAACCGUUUGGACCUGCCUCCCUAUAAGAGCUACGAGCAGCUCAAAGAAAAGUUGAUGUUUGCCAUUGAGGAGACAGAAGGCUUUGGCCAAGAGUGAUGCAUAAAUUCGCACCCCUGCAUGUCGUUUGCACGUCUCCAUGGCAGCAGUUUACUAUUCAGACUUACCUGAGAGAAUGCUGCUGAACGACUGAAACAGAGAGGUGUAGUGAGAAGAUAAAACUUCUUGAGAGCACCAUUCUUUCCUCACAUCACCUAGGCUCAAAUUUCCCCUCUGAUUUCAAAUGCACUUUUUGAAAUUUCACCAUUUUGUGGUAAUUCUGUCUUUGUUAGUCAUCUGUGUACCAGAAUGUCUGGGCUUAAAUGAACUAAAUCUCACAACUAGACACACACACACACACACAGUCCAGGCUAUGCACCCUGGUUGGCUGGAUUCAUAAUUAGUAUUUUACAAGAUUUGUUUUAAUCUUGUACAUGCCUCAUUUACAGUUGGGUACUUGUUUUUCUGGCAGCAUUUAUAGUAGCCUGACUGUAUGCAUGAAUUUUCCAUUUUAUUUUAUAGGCUCUCUAUCAUUUGGGUACCUGUCUGCUGAGUUUCAGAAUUUCGAUCAGAGAGAUUUCACACUGAAAAAAACACUGAGACAUGAGCUUGAUAGCUAAUAGAUUUUGUCAGAGGUUUGGAGAGUUGAUAAACAUAGAAGAUGUUGGGCUGUUAAAUCUCUUAUGAAAACCAGGAGAGGAUCAGCAACUAGUUUUAGUCUUCUGGUGUCUAGAAUCAACCUUCCAAUUUUAUAAAUGGGUGCAUGCUUUUAGUGCAAGUUAAUCCAUCUGCUAUAAGUGAACCAAAUUAUCCCAACAAGGGAAAGGAGUUGGGAUGGAAUCGUCCAAGUCUAUUUUCCUUAUAUCUGAAAUAAUAUACAAAUCCUUCAUCUAGUUUUCUGAGAAUCUUUUUAAAAUGAGCAAGUUAGGAAGAUGUAAGAUAUAAGAAUGCAUUUUUAAAUACUAUGAUGUACAUGUCAUUGUGGUAAAAAAUGAUUUAUAAAUCUGGUUGAUACCAUUAGGCUUUAAUCUAGGAAAUAAAAUUAGUUUACGGCAUUUGGCAGAUGACCGUAUCUGUAUGUUGACAAGCCCAUGAAACGUUCUAAAUUGAGCCGAUUUUCAUUAGACGCGAGUCUGACCAUGCACUUGUCACUUUCUAGUUUUCUGAGCAGGUUUAGAUUUCUCCAAAACUGUCCUGAACACCUGAAUCCCUUUAAAGACCUUUCCAUGCUUUAAUGUAGAAAUCACAAGUCGAAUGCGAUCACCAGUAACGAUUUUGCUUGGGUAUUUCAGGUCUUCUACUGCAUAAAGGUGCUUCAUUUUCAUUACUGGUGUUUUCUUUUUAAUGAAAUUACUGAUAUGGUGUUUGUUUUAGGAGCUAGAAUUAUUCUGAAAAAAUGCAAUGCUGUGUAUUUAAACUAUUAUGUUAAUAUACAUUUCAACAGCAAAAUCUUGCCACGUAGUUUUGAAGAGCAUAGUGAAUUGUCUGCUUUCACUGUAGGGUCUGAUCAUAUCUGUGUUUGGAAUAAAAGCGAAAUCAAUCGUUAAUAGCAAGGUUAGUAUAGCACUAGCUCAAAGCCCAAAUAGAGAUAAUGAGAGAACUUAAGUGAAACAACUCCCCUCUCUAAACUGUGAGCUUGUGUUGUUUAUGUGGGAGUUGGAGUACAUAAUUUCUUAAUUACUUUGUGUUUAAAUCGAAUGGAUUGAAUCGAUAUACCUGAAUAGGUCAGACAUCAUUAACUUUAAUUCUUCAUGUGUCAGUACAGUAAUAAAACAGACAAAUGCACUCCUGUUUAAAUUACGUGUCUGAUAAAUAAAUAAAAUAAAGAAGCAAACAGAUCAUCAGUCUGUUAGUUCUUGGCUAGUUACUGGAUUAACCUGCCUGAUGUCAAAAUUAUGCAAAAUUAAAAAAUAUAAUUUUGUGAUGUACAGUGAAAUGGAUUCCAGUGCUGAAUUAAAUUGUCUUUAUUUCUGUGAAAUCAACUAUUUAUUUUGUAAAAGUAGUUUUUCAAAGAUCCACGAUGUCCGGCAGUCUUUGUACACCACUGUGUUAAGAGUACGGUUUAAAUUUACAGACAGUACACUGAACGAUGUACUAUUGACAUUAAGUCGAUCUUGAUUUUUGUCCCUGUAGCCAAAACAAAUCCGUGAUCAUAUGCUGUGGUGUGAUACUGACUGACAGUACAGCUCUAUCCGCUCUAACCGAUUUGUGGUGAUUUGUCAAGAAAUUGAGGUUGUCAUUCAGUUGCCCAUUAACCCCCGUGUAUGUAAUCAUGUCUUAAAAACCAUUUUGCAGGAAGUUUCAGACUGUUUCAUCGCUUUAUUUUCUUAUCUAACAAAGACAUUGUAAAUCUUGUAACAUUUACCUUAUCUUUUAAUAAGUGGGGUUUAAUGUUAUUUUAAACUAAUUUUAUUUUUCUUAUGUGGAUGUGUACAGUUGGUUGAUUCUUGUCAAAAUAUUAUGAACUGAAGAAAUAAAUACAUAAUGCAUAA